UUCGGCCGUAAUCCGUCCCGAAUCUCACUAAAAUCUCGGAAGUUCACCCUGGAUCGACUCGCAUCACAACCCAUUAAUGAGAACAUCGUUCGAUGAGAGGCACGGUUUAGAGCAUUCCAGGUUCUCUUAUCGGUUAUGUCGACAUCUCACCAGACGCCACCCCCAGCUUCGGCUGAAUCCCAGUCACCCACGCAGCGACGCGAGCAGGAUGAAGCAGCCCCCUCGCGACCGCGAUCUGGGAAUCCCAAUCGUCGACGGGACAAACCCCAACUUUCUUGCAAUCUAUGUCGACGGCGCAAAUUGCGAUGCGAUCGCCAGCACCCAUCAUGUUCCAGCUGCCUUCUGCGGGGUCAAACCUGCACUUAUGCGGAGAAUCAGGGCCUUGCCAUGCCGCCGGAUAGAACAGCGGUCCCCAGCCUGCAUAAUCGCAUCGUCUAUCUUGAGAGUUUGGUCAAGUCUUUGAUGCCAAAUCCACAAAUCGCUGGUAAUCAAAACAGUGGCGCGAUUGCGGACAUGCCUCCGCCUCCUGAAUCUAGCCGCAUUCACGAUCAGGUCAACACCUCUCCCGAGGACACGCUGAUGGAAGAACGUUCCGAGGCUGGGAGCAUGCGUCUUAGUGCCUCAGAAGUCCGCUAUGUUGGAGGCGACCACUGGGCGGCGAUUCUUGACAGUAUUGCCGACCUCAAGGAUCAUUUUGACCGGGAUGAGAACCUCAAAUUGGCCAACACCCCAGAUCAAACUCAGGAUGACAGUGGAGGUGACCCUGUAGGACGGCCUCCGUCACCUCACGCCCUGCUUCUUUAUGGCGCUAGGCGUGCAAACUCGCGCGAUGAGAUCCUCGCCGCGCUCCCUCCCAAAACCGCGGUAGAUCGCUAUAUCUCUCGUUUCUUUAACCGUCUCGACCUAGUAGCCUCUUCGGCUGUUCAUGGUCCAACGUUUGUUCGUGAGUAUGAGGCAUUCUGGGCUAACCCCGUUGGCGCGUCUAGCAUCAUAUGGGUUGGUCUACUCUUUAGCAUGAUAUGCCUCGCCCUGCUCGCUUCUGACGCAAGCGACUCGGAGCGCGGGUGCGAAGCCGAACAAUUGCAGAUCAAUCUGUAUCGCGAGAAGAUCGUACAAUGUCUCAUCAUGGGCGAAUACACCAAGUCAGCGCCUUAUGGAUUGGAGACACUGAUCAAUUAUGUAUAUAUCGAAUUCAUGAUGGGCGUUGAUGCUGGUAAGGAUAUCUGGUUCUUGCUCGCUCUAGAGGUCAAUCUUGCGAUGCGUAUGGGUUACCAGCGAGAUCCUAGCCAUUUUUCUGGAAUUUCUCCCCUCCAGGCUGAGAUGCGGCGGAGAUUGUGGGCUACUGUUCUACUAGGCGACACUCUCAUCUCAAACCAGAUGGGAAUGCCUUGUAUGAUCUCGUCCAAUCAAUACGAUACGGCCGAGCCGCGUAAUCUCAACGACGACGACCUAGAUGAAAGCAUGACUGAGCUACCACCUCCGCGCCCGGAGACCGAAUAUACCACUACUCUCGGUAUCAUAGCAAGAAGGAGAGUGUUGGUGGCUCUGAACCAUGUCUCCGGGGUUGUAUCAUCAAUUAAAGCCGCUAGCUACGCCGAAGUGAUGCAAGUUGACGGCAUUCUUCGACAAGCUGUUGCUAGCAUUCCCCCGCCACUGAAAAUGAAGCCCCUAGCAGUUAGUGUCACUGAUACUCCGCAUAUCAUCAUGGCUCGUCUUUUUCUCAGGCAUCUCCAUCUCAAAGGAGAUAUCAUGCUCCAUCGUCGGUUUCUAUACGCGGAGUCAACUUCAAAGGACGAAGAUACCUUCGCAUAUUCACGAAAGGCAUGUUUAGAUGCCUCGCUCUCCUCACUGGAGAUCCAAGACUUGCUUGACAGGGAACUGUACUCUGGGGGUCUACUUCAUACGAUGCGCUUCCGAGUAGGCUCUCUCAUGAACCAUCAUUUCUUGACAGCUACGAUGAUCCUGUGCUCCAUGGUGCAUCGCCGGCAGACUAUGGGCCGACAAGAGGAGAUAUUAGCAGCUUUGCGAAAUACAAGAAUGAUCUGGAUGCGUAAAAGCAACACAUCUAGGGAGGCAAAGAAGGCUGCGGAAACUAUCAGCAUUGUGCUGGCGAGGGCAGCUGACGCCAGUACCCACGGCGUUGGUCCUAGAGACGAGGAUGUCAGUACAAGUGGCAAAGAGCCGCAGAACAUAUCGAACACGGAUCCCUCCAUUGCUUUCACUAAUGGUGGAAUGGGACUUGAUAACCAAGGGAUGUUUAGGGAUUUGGGUCUUUAUUCACCCGAUGCUUUUACAAUGCCGGGCGUACUUGGAACAUUCACUCCCCCAGGCUAUCCAAGCCAGUCCUUUGACUUUGACGUAGCGGAAAAUUGGAUGAUGCCAGGCACCAAUUGGUAGUAGUUAAGUACAGUUCAGGGUUACUUUGGGUACGCAUGGCGGCGGCGUCUGGGCGCAUUCGAUUAGGGUAAGGAACACGUCUGGGUCUGUCGGAUAAAGACGUUGGUCGGGGGUAGCACAGCAAUACACAACAAGUUCAUCAGUUAAAACAGUGGAAAUGGCCUAUGCCACAAGAUUCCUAAUACCCAUUAUGUUAAAAAGGUAAGGCAUUUGAAGUUGCACACUAUCU